CGCCCGCCAAAGACGUUAUUUUUGCUUUUUCCCUCAGUUUUGAACGGGGCGCUUCAGCCGUCAGAGGCCCAACAAAACCUCCGCGCGCAGCAGGCACGAACGACGGGAGCGACACCAAGCAGCAGUGUAGACAGACCGCGUCCGCCACUCCGCGAUCUCUUCUUAUCCCUCAGUUUGGAUCAGCAGUAAACGGGGGAGGGAACGUUCGCUCACCAGGUACGCAGACAGUCGAUUCGUUAUGUUUCUCAGCGUCUUGUAACCUGUGGAUCUCUCGUUGUGUGACAUGGCAGACGGAAUCCUCCCGCCUUAUAGUGUCUUGUAGUCUUUGUGCUAGUAUUUAAACCAAUUAACCAAGCGCGAUGGAUUCCUUCGGCUUCGAUUUCGCCGGCGGCGACCUACUGGACUUGGGCUCGCUGGGCUCCUGGACCAACAGCGCACCUAUGGGCAAUUCGCCCAACGGCGGCAGUGGCGGCGCCCUGCCGUUCAGUGUGGGGACCCCCACGGGCGUACAGAGUCUCGGAGACGACCCUUUCGCCUCCAUGCCCAGCGGCGGCGACAACGACUUCAGCUUCGGCGACUCGCCCAAGCCUUCGCCUAACACGCAGAACCAGAAACCAGGGGACAACGCAGCGCCCACAUCUGCGGCUUCGUCGGCGCCUACGUCUUCUGCGCCGCCCACCAGCUCGUCUGGGGACAUGGCCUCGAACUACUUCGGCUCGGAGCUCGAGGCGAGCGGUGCGCCCUCGUCGUCCACCACUGGCACUUCUUCUUCUGCCGUGACGACGGACGCGUCAUCUGUAGAUGACAAGGCCAAGAUGAACGUUAAGAAUGAGACAGACUCACAAACCAAGAAAGAGGCCAGCAGUGCUCCAACGUCGACGACUCAAUCUUCUUCGACGUCCAACGCGACGUCAUCGACUACGACUAGCGCCGCCCCGUCGUCUGCGCCGCACAAGUCGGAGACAUCGAGUUCGACUACAGCCACGUCCACUGCGUCAUCUACAGCAGCAUCUUCUGCGCCGUCGUCUGCAACGUCGACGACACAGUCUAGUGCGUCUUCAGCGCCCGUUAGCAGCAACACGUCAAGCAGCAAUGCCAUGACGUCUGCUCCGUCCACUACGUCGUCCGCUCGACCGCACAUUGGCAACCAGCAACAGCAACAACAGCAAAUGCAGAUGCAGCAGCAGCAGCGACAAUACGCCAACCAGAUGAUGAUGAACCAACAGAACGGGCAACCGCAGCAGUUCGCUGGCCAACCGUAUCAACAGCAAAUGCACGCGGGUCAAAUGCCUGGUGGUGUUAGUGGAGCGCCGCCUACAAGCGCUGCUGGCCAGUACAUGGGAGGUCAGUCUGGCCAGGCCUAUCGACCGCCGACAUCCUCGUACGAAGAAGAGUUUGCGCGCGUAAAGGCUAUGAUGAUGCAGCAUCCAGACUUGAUCCCGCCGCCGAUGGAGGUGCUUCGUAUCUCGAUGAGUCAGAGCGCUGCCAAUCAACAGAACGUGAUGGGCGGAAAUGCUUACAUGCAUCGUGGCAACCCAGCGAUGAACCGUGGAGGGGCUCCUGGCAACGCGGCGUACGCGCAGUAUAGUAAUCCGAACAUGAUGAUGGGUAAUCCCCAGCAGAACGCACAGCAAGCGGGUAUGAUGAACGCAGCACGGAUGCGAGCUGCGCAAAUGGCGCAACAACAGGCCCAACAGCGCGCUGCCGGUCGGACGCCUGGUGGCAGCAACGAUACGCAGACGGCGUGGCAGUCGGAGAACGACCUUCCUCUACGUCGGAAGAUGAUCGGCAAAAUUGUUAGUUUGCUGCAGCAGCGAAAACCGGAUGCACCUGCUGAGUGGAUUCGACGGUUGCCGGAUAUGGCUAGGAGACUAGAAGAUUCAUUGUACCGUACAGCGAAGAAUCGGGAUGAGUAUGGCGAUUUUUCAUCGCUGAAGACGCGACUACAGCAUUUGGCUGUGACGAUGGGUGCACGGGCACAACACAAGGCCGGUGGAAAUCCUCGUGCAACAGGCACUGGUGCUGUACCGGGUAGUGCUACUGGAACCGCCGGCAACGCGGCGAUGAUGGCUGGUGAUGCUCCUCCAGGCAUGGCUAUGAACCCGGGAGCUGGCGGGAUGCCUCAAGGCCACGUAGUAGGUAACAUGCCUUAUGGAAACCGAAUGACUCAGCAGCAGUUGAUGCAGCAGCAACACUUGCAGAUGCAGAUGCAGCAGAACCCCCAGAUGCGGCAGCAACUCACCCCACAGCAGUUGCAGCAGUUCCAGGAAGCCCAACUGCAGCGGCGGCAGCUUCAAAUGCAGCAGGCUCAGCAACAAGCCCAGAUGCAGCGUCAAAACUCGCUUCAACAGCAGCAGUUCCAGCAGAACCAAGCACUUCAACGUCAGAACUCGAUGCGGCAAAUGCAACAGCAACAAAUGCAGCAGCAGAUGCAGCAGCGACAGAACCCGAACUACAUGCAACAGCAGCAACAACAGCAACAGCAACAGCAAGCCCAGGCCCAAGCUCGUGCGCAAGCUCAAGCUCAAGCCCAGCGGAAUGGUCAGGCAAACGGUGGCGCCAACCAGCAGCGUAUGAGUGGAGAUAUGAGCCUGAGCGAGUCUUCCGACUUCCUGAAUCUGGAUCUGUCGUCGUCGCUGCUGGGAUCUGAUGACCUUCAAGGCGAUGGGAGCUCAGGACUGUCUGGAGGCGACUCAAUGAAGAACGGAAGCAACGAUCCAGCGCACUUGGCGGGUCAGAAGAGAACGCUCUCACAGUCUCAGCAGCAGAUGGCAGCAGCAGCAAACGCAGCGGCCUUCAAGCGCACAAAAGUAGGAGGAGCUGCCGGCCAGGCUGGCAGUCAGCAGGGUGCUGCCCCGAACCAACAGCACCCGGGCGCUGCAACGUCGGGACCUCAAGCCUCUCAGCCGUCUCAGACAGCAAUGCAGAAGCCUGUGACAAGUACUAGUGGCUCUUCGAAGACUCCACCAAUGAGUACAGUGAAUGCCAAGUAACUUUUUUUGAGCCCAAUAUGAGCGAUGGUCGACAGUCAGAAAGGUGGCGGAAACAGCAAGCAACGACGCAAUGCGAAGAGAAGAUUAGGACGGAACACCACGGAUGCCUUGUUGGCGAACUUGGGUCACGGGAAGCCAGAGGGAAGUGGCAGGGCGUGGGAGUGGAUGCUGCGGACCUACCUGCCCAUUGCGAAAGAAGCCGAGCUGCCCUUACUGGUUAGGGGUGGUGUCUUUAUCGGACGAGUAGAUGGAGUCGGGCUUUAAAAGGCCUCUCACGUUCGAGAGUGCAUCAUCAAGGACAGCGACGCUAUAGGAUAUUGUGAGUCGAGCUGCCUUUCGGCACGGGCGAGAUGUUUUGGCGCUUGAAAUGAAUCUGUAAAGUGGCGAGAUUUGAUUCAGGGAGAGAAAAGAGAAUGUCAGUUGUGUUAUAAUUAUUUCUUGAUCGCUUCUGUUGCUUUAAAUGAUGUUGGUCGGGCCUGUAGUGUGGGAAAAUGGUGUUGAAGGUC